GUCAGUGUAGACUUGUUUAAAAGACUAGGUAAUAAGAUUCUCGACCGAGACCCGAAUGAUUAAUGCUUGCACGAUGCCAUGCCUGGCACCUGCCGAAUCAAGGUUUUCGCAAAGUGGGCGGCAUUUGUGAUAAACACGCUCCAGGCUGUUCCGAAUGCUUCGCGGCGAUGCGACCUAGUAUAAAACCCAAAUGUCCCUGGCUGGGUACCACCGUUAGGCUCUUGCAUUCCCGUCCCUCCCCUGCACCGUUCAUUUUAACAGGGAAUCACGAAAAGUAAUGUCCAAGGAGUUGAACCUGGCCUCUCCUUCUGGCAAGGAACUCAGGCUUGCCCGUUCACUAAGUAACAUCGAGACGGCAAAGGACCAUGGCGUCCAACGCAGUCUUAUGCGCUCCGUUUUUAUUGUUAUCACUUGUACCACCGCGAUGCUCAUUAAUACAUAUAAUACCACCUCUGUCUGUAUCUCCCUUCCUACAAUUGAGAAGGAUCUAGCUAUCGAAGAUGAUCAGCUUCAAUGGCUCGUAUCCGCCUAUUCUCUCAGUUCUGGUUGCCUUCUCUUGUUCUUCGGCAGAUUGGCAGACCUUUAUGGACGAAAAAGGGCGUUUAUAUGCGGUAUUCUUUGCCAGGCUGCCUUUUCUCUUGGUUGUGGCUUCGCACAAGAUCCUCUCACUCUCGCCGUCUUGCGUGGCUUCCAAGGCAUUGGAAGCGCAGCUAUAAUACCAUCCGCACUCGGUAUUCUAGCGCACGCGUUUCCACAGUCAAAAGCACGUUCAAUAGCAUUCGCUACCUUUGCAGCGGGUGCUCCUGUCGGUGGCGCAUUUGGCAUGCUCAUGGGCGGUGUCCUGACUCAACUAACCUCGACGCAUUGGCGCUCUAUAUUUUAUACGGCUGCAGCGACUUCAGCUCUCACUGCGGUUUCCGGUCUCAUUUCAUUCGAUGCUGAUGUCCCAUCGGAAGAACUUGUCAAACGUAUCGACUGGAUCGGCGCUUCGCUUAUCACAAUUGGAUUGAUUUUGAUUAUAUUCGUACUCGGUCAAGGAGAAAUCGCUUCGGAUGGCUGGAAGACCCCAUAUAUCAUUGCCUUCCUUAUCAUCGGGAUCAUCAUGGUUGCGCUAUUCCUGGUUUGGGAGUGGAGGCUGGAACGAAUCCUCGACGAGAAUCCAUCAAGAGCGACAUCUAUGUGGACACCGCCACCGCUUAUGAGCCUCUCGCUCUGGACUAGAGCAAAGGGUCGAAUGGCUGUCAUUCUUGUUAUUGCAUUGUUAAAUUGGAGUGCUUUCACUGGCUGGAGCUUCUGGGUACAGCUGUAUUAUCAAAACUACCUGUUCCUGACACCAGUCGAAACCAUGGUCCGAUUCAUUCCCAUGUGUAUUGUCGGCUGUUUAUGCACCUUUUUCGUGGCUAUGGUCGCUGCUAAACUGCCCUUGGUUAUCUUUAUAGUCAGCGGAUUGUUAUUGACAGCGACUGCUGCCAUCCUAUUUGCCCUGAUCGACCCGUUUGUAACAUAUUGGGCCUUCUGUUUCCCAUCCACAGUUCUUAUCGUGUUCGGUGUUGACUUUGUAUACACCGCUGGUACAAUUUUCGUGGCCAAAACCUCGCACCCACACGAACAAAGCGUGGCCGGAGCGUUAUUCCAAACUAUGACACAGAUCGGCACCGCAUUCGGUUUAACUAUAUCCACGAUCGUGUUCAACACCGUGGUCGAUAACGAAUCUGCCAAGUUGGGCGUCACCGUAAACGCUAACACCCACGCUCCCAUGUCCGCACAACUCGUGGGGUAUAAAGAUGCGCAAUGGACCUCUGCUGCAUUUGCCUUGAUGGGUGCGCUGCUGGCAGCGCUUUUCCUUCACAGUGUAGGUAUUGUCGGACACGAGAAGGUUAUCAGACAUGUUGAUUCUGACGAGACCAUGGCUGUCCGGCCUGAGUCUAACGGCACCGCUAUAGCCAAAUGAACAAAACAUCGAUAUCCCAUACCAGUCGACAUACGCUACUCAUGCCAUCACGAACUCGUUUAUGCCCCCUCAAUCACACUCACCAUAGGACCAAGAUCAACACACCAUCGCAUUCAAUCUACGAAUUUAACGUUUUUAACUCUUAUGUAGAUCAUAAUCGCUGUACACGCACAUCCCUUUCGUUUUCACUCUUUGGCAUUGCUUCUGUCGUUUCUUUUAUCUGCAGAACAUUACCUUUUGUUAGUACUUUAUGGGGCAUGUUGUAUAGUGGUCCCCGACUCCACUUUUGUAGGAAAUAAAUGUCAUGCUGUCUGUCAUUUCAUGCAUGGAGAAUGGUUUCUG